UUUAGCAGCAUUAGUAAUUACUGGGAACGCACACUUGUUAUGUAAAUGGCUAUUGAGUGCUUAGCCGCCACAGUGCAUUGGAUUAAGCAGCAGUCGUCGGUAGCAACAACAAGUCAAGAGACACAUUUGCAUCAAGAGAUCAAGACAUUCGCUCAGCUGGCAGCAAAGAGAGCUUCACUUGCGAGCGGGCAUUUUGGUGUUUGUUGUUUGGGCUUAAAACCGUUGCCGGUCAUUAACACAGCGCAGCUGAAGGCAACAGCAGUGCGAGCGAAAGAAGACGGACCCAACAAUAAAUAGUGGGAGCUGUGCCAGCGUUGGGCUGUCCAAAAUAGCAACUCGACAAAAUGGGUCUGCGUUUCCAGCAGCUAAAGAAGCUCUGGCUUUUAUACCUGUUCUUAUUGUUUUUUGCAUUCUUCAUGUUUGCAAUUAGCAUAAACUUAUAUGUGUCAAGUAUACAAAGCUAUGACGCAGAGCCCCGUCAUCCGAAACCGCCGCCGAAGCGCCGCUCAUUGUGGCCGUAUAAAAACAUUGUGGCCCACUAUAUUGGCAAGGGAGACAUCUUCGGCAAUAUGACUGCAGACGAUUACAACAUUAACCAGUUCGAGCCCAAACAGGGCGAGGGCGCAGAUGGGCGACCCGUUAUUGUACCACCACGCGAUCGAUUUCGUAUGCAGCGCUUCUUCAAGCUAAACAGCUUUAACAUACUGGCCAGCGAUCGCAUUCCCCUAAACAGAACGCUCAAGGACUACAGAACGGGCGAAUGUCGCGAUAAACGUUAUGCAAACAGCUUGCCCAACACGUCGGUGAUCAUUGUAUUCCAUAACGAGGCCUGGUCUGUGCUGCUUCGCACCAUUACGAGCGUCAUAAAUCGCUCGCCUCGCCACCUGCUCAGGGAGAUCAUCUUGGUGGACGAUGCCAGCAAUCGAUCUUUUCUGAAGCGCCAACUGGAGGCCUACAUUCAAGUGCUUGCGGUCCCCACGCGUUUGUAUCGCAUGAAGGAGCGUAGCGGCUUAGUGCCUGCUCGUCUCUUGGGCGCUCAGCAUGCACGGGGAGAUGUGCUCACAUUCCUCGACGCACACUGUGAAUGCUCGCGCGGCUGGCUAGAGCCAUUGCUGGCACGUAUUGGGGAAUCCCGUGAAGUGGUCAUCUGUCCGGUGAUAGACAUCAUAUCAGACGACAAUUUCAGCUACACGAAAACAUUUGAGAACCACUGGGGCGCCUUUAAUUGGCAGCUGAGCUUUCGCUGGUUCUCCUCCGAUCGCAAACGACAAACUACCGCAAAUACCAAGGACAGCACUGCGCCCAUAGCGACACCAGGCAUGGCUGGCGGCCUUUUUGCCAUCGAUCGCAAGUACUUUUACGAGAUGGGUGCUUAUGAUAGUGACAUGCGUAUCUGGGGCGGUGAGAAUGUGGAGAUGUCAUUUCGCAUUUGGCAGUGCGGCGGUCGCAUCGAGAUCAGCCCCUGCUCCCAUGUGGGCCACAUCUUUCGCAGCAGCACACCGUACACAUUCCCAGGUGGCAUGAGCGAGGUGCUCACCGCAAAUCUGGCCCGUGCUGCCACCGUCUGGAUGGAUGACUGGCAAUACUUUGUCAUGCUAUACACAGCUGGACUAUCGCUGAGCGCAAGGGACAAAGUGAAUGUGACCGACCGUUUGGCGUUACGUGAAAAGCUGCAAUGCAAGCCGUUCUCGUGGUAUUUGGAAACCAUUUGGCCUGAGCAUUUCUUCCCGGCACCGGAUCGUUUCUUUGGCAGGAUUAUCUGGCUGGAUGGCGAGACGGAAUGCACUCAAGCUUACAGUAAGCACAUGAAGAACUUGCCGGGACGAGCGUUGUCGCGCGAAUGGAAGCGCGCCUUCGAGGAGAUCGACCACAAAGCCGAGGAGUUUAUGUCGCUGAUUGAUUUAGAGCGCGAUAAGUGCCUACGUCCGCUGCAUGACAAUGUGCCGCGUUCCUCACUGCAGCCGGUUACCGUGGGUGAUUGCACAUCGCAUGCUCAGACUAUGGACAUGUUUGUUAUUACACCCAAGGGUCAGAUAAUGACCAAUGACAAUGUUUGCCUUACUUACCGCCCACCCAAACAAGGCGCUCUCAAGUUGCUCAGAAAUCGCAACGCAACGAUUUCAAAUGUGAUGCUGACGCAGUGCGCCAUCGAACCAAGUCAACAGUGGACAUACGACAUGGACACACAACAAAUAUCACACCGUGAGACGAAACUUUGUCUUACGCUUAAAUCGGCCACAAAUGCGCGCAACCACAAGGUGGAAAAAGUGGUGCUCAGCAUGGAAUGUAACUUCAAGGACAUUACACAAAAAUGGGGUCUCAUUCCAUUGCCAUGGCGCAUGUAAUGUUCAUUCAUCAUGCGAGGAAAGCGAAAAGAAAGCCCUGCCAGCGAUUUAACACAAUGUGAUAUUUAUUAUUGAAACCUUUUAGAGGCCCGCACACACUGUAAAUCCCACACACACACAAACACACCGAGACACUCCCACAAGAAUUGUUUUGAGUGGGUGCUAAGGAAGCUUUCUUCCACGGCACUGCGACUGGAAGAGCAUUCUAUACAAUUCGAUGUCAUAUUUAUUAAGCAAGUUUUUACGCAACAAGUUAAAAUUAAUUUUACUUAAUACUUUUAACAUUUUAUAGCACUUUAAUAAAGCGAAAAAUAAUGUUCAAA